AGACCUCCCAGAGCAGGUUGUUGCGUUUUGGCUCUAAAGCCUGGAGACCUCCGAAGUGCUCGUCAGUUUUCGAAGUAGGAGCCAUGGCGACAACAGCUCAGUAUAUUCCGAGGAAUAACUCCUUACCGUCCAACCCGCUCAUGCAUCCGGAUUCGGAUAGGAUGCAUCAGGGGACGACCUACAGAGAGGUGCAGAAAAUGAUGCACCACGAGUACUUGCAAGGGCUAGCGGCUACCAACACGGGACACCCGAUGAGCCUGACGCACCACCAGUGGCUGCCCACCUCCAACACCGACUGGUCCAGCGGCACCCACAUCGGACAGCAGGAGCAAAAAGCCACCGUGCAGACGAGGGAGGACCUCAGCAGCGGCUUCCACCACAGAUCUCACCUGGUGCACCAGCAGACGCAGAGUACCCACCAUGGUUCGUGGGCACCCACCACAACGCACCACUUAUCCCCGCUCCCCCCUGCAUCCAACGGUCACCAGUCUCUGGUGUACUCGCAGCCUGGAUACACAAACCUUAACGCCAUGCUGAGUCCCCAGCCCGGCACCUUGCACCAUGGCAUGCGGGACACGCUCCACGACGAGUCGGGCAGCCACGACAACCAGAUGGAGUCGCCCCAGCAGGCGUUCAGCCACCACCAGGACCAGGACGAGGACGCGCCCAGCUCCGACGACCUGGAGCAGUUCGCCAAGCAGUUCAAGCAGCGGCGGAUCAAACUGGGCUUUACGCAGGCAGACGUGGGAUUGGCCUUAGGCACCCUGUAUGGAAACGUCUUUUCUCAGACCACAAUCUGCAGGUUUGAGGCGCUGCAGCUCAGCUUCAAGAACAUGUGCAAACUUAAGCCGCUCCUAAACAAGUGGCUGGAGGAGACAGACUCUAACACAGGCAGUCCCACCAAUUUGGACAAGAUUGCUGCGCAGGGCAGGAAAAGAAAGAAGAGGACCUCCAUUGAAGUGGGGGUGAAAGGGGCGCUGGAAAAUCAUUUCUUAAAAUGCCCAAAGCCGUCAGCUCAUGAAAUCACCAGUUUGGCCAACUCCCUGCAGUUGGAAAAAGAGGUUGUGCGCGUUUGGUUUUGCAACAGAAGACAAAAAGAGAAAAGAAUGACACCAAUUGGGAUCCCUCACCCGAAUAUGGAGGACGUAUAUUCCCAAGCAGAUACCCCUCCUCUACACCGCACACUACAGAGUCCUGUACAGUGACUAUUUUCAUGAACAAUCCGAUAAUAACCGCGGGGGGAUAGGAAAGGGACUAUGGAGUUUACAGUAUUUAAGUUUGGCUUUUGUUUUCCUGAGAGAAAAGAGACAUGGAAAAGUUGAACAGAUGAGUUUUGUCCUUAGUAUUCGGAGAUCGUCAUGUCCAACAAAUAGAUGGCAAGAGUGAAAAUGUUAAGAAGAAAAAAAAUCAAGAAAAAAAGACAAAAAAAUAUUCGCUAUACUGAUUCCGUGCGUAUUUAAAGUGAAACAAAGAUCUUUAUUUACCAAAUUAUAUGGAGGAGAAGGCAUAUAAAGUAAAUUUGAUAUCCCAUGGCUGUUUCAAAUGGGGAUUAAUUUAAUGUGGCAACUGAGGCCAUCUCCUCCUGGUGUUACAUGAACUGUUGGCGCUCACCAGAAUGAGGUGGUUGCCUGAAAAUGAUCAACACUGGAGACGAAUAGCCAACACUGAAUGAACAUUUUGCUUUUGCAGGCUUAAACUGAUUAACCAGAUUUCUGAAUAUUAGUGUAUACUUUCUUUGUUAUAUUAAGUGUGAUGUUUUGGUUUGGAAAUACUUUAACUUCAGUGUCUCUCUUUCUGCAGACUGUCUAUGAUUUCGUUCAUUAUUUUUGCUACUGUAACUCAUCAGAGCAGCCUCUAUUUUUUCUGUUUACUCAGUGGGAGUUGAUGGUGGAAAAGUGAUGGAAAUUGGGCACCCGAAAAAAAAUCAUAAUUAAGGUCAAACAUAUUUCAGAAAAAUGUCCAAUGCAACAGGACGUUUAAGUUCUGACUGCAUGCCUUAAACAACAUAUUUAAAGCUUUGCAGCUGACCGUCGAAAUUUGCAAACAGCACCAGACGCUAAAAGGGGAAUUCUUAAAUUUUAUUUUAUUUGGGGGGGGGGGGGGUUUGAUUGUUUUCAAAUUAUUGUUUUCUUUGCAUGGAGCACUUAUUCUUUCGUUGAUAUUAUUAUUGCGAUUUUAUAUUUGUUAAUACAAUUGUGAGUGGAGCAGAUCUCCAUCGGCUUAAACACAAUAAAUCCCAUGUUUACAGGUUCCUGGUUAUCACCACAGAGCGCUGUCAGCUCACACUGCUCACUGCCUGUUAAUCCUGUUGUAUUCCAAACAUUUCAAGAGAGAUUGGUCAAAUACGAAAUGAAAAGUAAUAAUAACUCAGGUAACUUCAGUGCCCCAUGUCGGAAUAUCACGCCUGUACAUGAUUUAUUUUGUUCCUCUGUGUUUUAGUUCUUUCAAUCUGGUUACAACCACACCGUUUUCCUUUGUCCCCUAAAUCCAUUGUAUUAUAUUAAAACGCUGGAUUCGGAGAAAAAGAAAAUAAUAAUUCCUUAAGGAGGAGCGAUGAAGGGACUUAACUUUAGAUAUAUUUAUUUUUUUCUGACCUGAAAAGAAAUCUUGCAUUGUGUGUCAUUUUCUCAAAGUUGGACCAGUCCAAAAGCCUACAGCAAUGCUAUUCAAUACAGAUGAGGGAAACGUUUUUUUUUU